AUGAAGUACUGUAGGGGUGCUGAAUUUCGUGAAGAUUUUGGAAAAUUAUGCACACUGAAAGCUCUUUUUCCAAGCACACCCAUGAUUGCUUUGACAGCAACUGCACCCCCAAGCAAAAUAAAAAUUUUAAAAGAGAAACUAUGUUUCAGUCCUUAUUGUAAGGUUGUUGUUGCAAAUCCAAAUAGAAAAAAUAUAUUUUUAAAGAAAUUGCCAAGACGCGGAAACAACUUUGGCUUAAGAAGCUAUGACGAUAUUUUAGUUCCCAUUGCUAAAGAGUUAAAUAAAUUACGGGAUGAUUAUCCCAUGACAAUCAUUUACAUGAAGCUAAAAUAUUGUGGCUAUGCUUAUUCGUUAUUUCAGCAAACAGUAACUCCAAAUAACACAAAACUAUUUUGUCAAUUUCAUGCUCCUCAAACAUCUAGAAUGAAGAAAGAAAUCUUAGAUGAAAUUACAAAACAAGAUUCGUCUAUUAGAGUUGUGUUUGCAACCACAGCACUCGGGAUGGGUGUUAAUGCACCAAAGGUUACUGAAGUUAUCCACAUAACGCCUCCAGCCAAUAUUGAAUCUUACAUGCAAGAAAUUGGUAGAGCUGGAAGGUGUGGGCAAAACUCAACUGCAACAUUGUAUUACAAUAAUGCAGAUAUUGCUGUUAAUAAAAAUAAUGUUGACGAUAGCAUGAAGUGCUUCUGCAAAACAGAUCUGUGCUUAAGGAAAUUUAUUCUAAAUUUCUUUGGUUUUAAAAAAUAUGAACAAGAUAAUUGUUGCUCAAAUUGUACAAAGUCUAAUUUGCUGAUAAAAGAAACAACAUUACCUUGCCGUGAUUUAGUAUCAGAAGAUGCUUUUAAAUGCUUACAAACUGAGCUGAAAGAAAUUAUUGAAACUUGGAGACUUUCGCUAUUGACUACCCUUGAUCAAACUUAUGAACUUCCAUCUAUCAAUAAAAAUUUGGUUCAAACACUAUUGAGUAAACUUCCAUUUAUAAGAUCUAAAAAUGAUCUGUUAUUUGAAUAUGAUGUUUGGGAUGAUCAAUAUGCUACCACCAUAUACGAUAAAAUAAAUAAGUAUGCCCCAAAGCAUAAAUAA